GGUCGUACAGAGCAUCCUAUAUAUGACCUUAUUUGACAUUUUUUUGUAAGUUCUAGAUCCUAUCUGACCCUUAUCCCUAGAAGUUCAGAUCAUAACUUAAUAAAUCUUCCCCAGACUACAAAUCAACCAUAUAAACUUCUGACCUUCAGUAGGCAAACAAUGUCAGGAAAAGAAGUUCGAGAGUACACUAAUCUCCCCGACCCUAAAGACAAGAAGUGGGGGAAAAACAAGGACAAAAUAGAUGACGAGGAAAUUACUUUCCAGCGCAUGGUUGCCAAGGGAUAUUGGCUUUUCCUACUGGGUUGGCACUUGAUGUUCAGAUGCAAGAUGUAGCUGGAGAACGUGGAGGCUAUCUUCAUGGACGGGGCGCCCUGGACAGUGAUGACUUGCUUUAUCUCAAGGAGCAGAUGGAAGCCGAGGAGGAUGCAGAACGCCUCUUGAGGCGCACUGAAAAACGUGCUUUUGCGGCAUUCAAGAAAGCUGUAGCGGAUUCUUCACCAGCUACUUUACCCCUUCCACUUCGGGUUGAGCCAAAGGCAAAAAGUGGAAUCAGGCAACAAGAUUUACUGAAAAGGGUGAUUGAAGUCAAACCUAAACGGCAUCGAGUCUCUUCAACAACAUAUGCUUCUCCGAGCAGGCUUGAUACAGAAUCCAACAAAAAGCCAUCAGCUAGACUGAAUAAUGACGAAGCAACUAACAAAGUGAAGGCGGAAAACCCAGUUACCACCUUGUUAGCUGCAUAUGAGAGUUCAGAUGAAGAAGACUGAUUAGUCUUUGGUGUAUGAUGAGUCAUGUUUAAUCGAUGUAGAAGCAUUACACAUUAAAUUUAUAUUUAAGCACUUUGGCUUACUUGUGUUUAACAUAGUUGGCUUAGUAAUUCAGUCUUAUGUAAUCAGGUUUCCCUUAGUCCGCCCUAAAUUUGGGUAUUUACAUUGAAGGGAAGAUAAUGCGCUGACGACUUCAACACUGAGAGACUCUGUAAUUUGGCAAUUAAAUGAUAAUGUAUAUUGACAAUUUAAGUUGUUA